AUUCUAAUAUACAUGCAUUAAUGACCCGGUCUCUAUGAAAGGACGCCCACUACGAAUGUCAUUUGUGAUCAACUAUUUGGGCUAUAUUGGAUCUAACAUUCAUAGCUUAAAUGUAUAUUUGAAUUUAAAAGCCUUACGGGUCUUUUGAAAUCAGAGUUUUGAAUCUUCACUAAUAUGAUUCCAACACCUGGACAAAAUCCUUGGGGCACUCCAGGUUCAGGAGGAAAUGCAUUUUUACAAAGCAACAAGCCUCUGAUAGCUGAUUUAGCACUUGCUGCCCUUAAAGAACGAGGUGAAGUGAAAAAGAAAAAACUUUGCCCACAAUUUCGUACAGACCGUUCAUUAUGUUUGAUGACAAAGAAAAAUCCCCUUAGAAGGGUUUGUAUAUGUAUAGUGGAUGCACGACCAUUUGAAUAUUUUAUAUUGGCAACGAUAUUAUGUAAUUGUUUGGCACUGGCAUUUAAUCAUCCCUAUCCUGGAGAAGAUUCAAAUGCUGUAAAUCAGGUUUUGGAAAAAAUUGAACUUGCAUUUGUAAUAAUUUUUACAACUGAAUCUGCUUUGAAAAUUAUUGCCUAUGGGUUUGUACUUCAUCAAGAUGCUUAUUUAAGAAAUUUUUGGAAUGUCUUAGAUUUCAGUAUCGUAUUAAUUGGUUUAUCAUCAAAAGCAUUGGAAAAUAUGAAUAUCGAUGUAAAAGCACUUCGAGCAUUUCGAGUUCUACGACCAUUGAGAUUACUUUCUGGUUUACCAAGUCUUCAGGUUGUGUUGAAUUCUAUUAUCACAGCUAUGGUUCCAUUGUUGCAUAUUGCACUCCUUGUGAUUUUUGUCAUUAUUGUCUAUGCAAUUGUUGGUCUUGAAUUAUUUCAGAGCAAAUUACAUUUAACCUGUUAUAAAAAUUCAUCAUAUAAAAUUCCUGAAAUGAUGCCAAAUCCUCGACCAUGUACCUUUGAAACAUCAUCAAUGGGAUUUAAAUGUAGUGAACUUGGACCGGAUUAUUUUUGUGCAGAUAUGUAUGGCAAAGAAGGAGAACGAUACAUUGGUCCGGAAGGUGGUAUCGUUAGCUUUGAUAAUUUUCUCUAUUCUAUGCUUACUGUUUUCGUAUGUAUUACAAUGGAAGGUUGGACUAGUACUGGUUAUUAUGUAUCUGAUGCAAUCGGUUCAUGGUGGCCUUGGAUUUAUUUUGUAACCCUUAUUCUACUUGGCUCGUUUUUUGUUAUGAAUCUUGUUCUUGGUGUACUAAGCGGAGAGUUCAGUAAAGAAAAGGAAAAAAUCGAUCGUACUCUGUUGUUUCGUAAAGAAAGACAAGAAAAACGUGAACAACAAGAUUAUCUGGGUUACAAAGAAUGGAUUGAAUUGGCUGAGGAACUAAGCGAUUCUGAAGGUGAUGAUAAAGAAAGUCAAGAUAUAGAAUCAGGUGGUGGUGAUGGGAUUAUUGAAGAAGAACCCGAGAUGCAUGUUGAGGAAGUGGUUAAAACACACUGUCAUAGCACACUUCGCCGCUUGAGAAAAUUCCGUAAACGGACACGACGAGCUGUGAUUGCUUUUAUCAACAGUCGUCAAUGUUUUGCACUGGUUAUUAUCUUGGUUUUUCUUAAUACCGUAGUCUUAACCACUGAACAUCACAAUCAACCAGAAUGGUUAGAUGAAUUUCAAGACUUUGCUAAUGUUGUAUUUGUUACAUUAUUUACAAUGGAAAUGGUAAUUAAAAUGGCGGCAUCUGGUUUCUCAGACUACAUUUCAAAAUUGUUCAAUCGUUUCGACUUUUUUGUAGUUAUAUUUUCUAUAUUGGAAUUAGUUUUUGUGAAAUCUGGUUUACUCAAUCCAAUGGGUGUUUCUGUGCUGCGUUGUGCAAGACUACUCAGAAUAUUUAAAUUGACUCAAUAUUGGGAAAGUCUUCGAAGUUUAGUAGGAAAAUUAUUAAAAUCUGUACGAUCAGUAGCUAGUUUGCUACUUCUCUUAUCUAUAUUUAUUCUUAUUUGUUCAUUACUUGGUAUGCAAUUAUUUGGUGGUCGAUUUAAUUUCAUUGCACAUGAAAAACCUCGUGCUAAUUUUGAUGGAAUUUUACAAGCUAUGCUAACUGUAUUUCAGAUUCUUACCGGUGAAGAUUGGAAUGAAGUUAUGUAUCAUGGAAUGAGAGCAUAUGAAAAUAGUCCUUGGUAUGGAGUUGUGGUUAUCUACUUCAUAUUUCUUUUCAUUUGUGGCAAUUAUAUUUUAUUGAAUGUCUUUUUGGCUAUUGCUGUGGAUAAUUUAAACGAAGAUGAAGACGAAGAGGAAGAAGGAAAUGGUGAUGCACAAAAAAAACAAAAUGAUACACCUGAAAUUACAGAGACUGUUGAAAAAGCAGCACCACCUCCAGAACAGCAAGAAAAUGAAUUACCUUCAAUGAUGAAAAUCAAACAUUAUGAAAGAACAGAUAAUGAAGAUCAAACAUACGAAGAAAUGUUUGCUGAAGAUGAAGAUGCUGAAGAAGAAGGAGAUCUAGAUGGUAAAGAUGGAGAUGACCAAAAAGACAUGUCACCGCAAGACAGUCGAACAAUGCCACCUCAUUCAGCAUUCUUUAUAUUUGCUGAUACAAACAAAUUUCGUAUAUUUUGUCAUAAUGUGGUCUGCUUUUCACAUUUUGGAAAUAUUGUACUGGUUUGUAUUUUGGUAAGCAGUAUUUUACUUGCUGCCGAAGAUCCAUUACAUGCCAAUUCUCCGAGGAAUCGAAUUCUGAACAUGUUUGAUUACUUUUUCACUAGUGUUUUCACAGUUGAAAUUACUUUAAAAAUGAUUUCCUAUGGAUUUGUACUACAUGAAGGAGCAUUUUGUCGUAGUGUAUUCAAUUUACUUGAUCUUAUUGUUGUUUGCGUAGCAUUGGUUUCAUUUGUGUUGCAAAAUCAAACGAUUUCUGCAGUAAAAAUCCUGAGAGUUCUUCGGGUGCUUCGACCUUUAAGAGCUAUUAAUCGAGCGAAAGGAUUAAAACAUGUUGUUCAGUGUAUGGUUAUUGCCAUUAAAAGUAUUGGGAACAUAGUACUCGUCACAUUCUUGCUAGAAUUCAUGUUCGCUGUAAUUGGUGUACAAUUAUUCAAGGGUAAAUUUUACUCAUGUACAGAUAUAUCAAAACAUGUUGAAGAAGACUGCAAAGGUCAAUUUAUUGAAUAUAAAGAUAUGAGCUUAGAAAAUCCUAUUCUUAGUGAAAGAGAAUGGAAAAAUGCUGAUUUCAAUUUUGAUAAUGUACCAAAUGCUUUACUAACACUAUUUGCUGUUUCCACUUUUGAAGGUUGGCCAAGUUUAUUAUAUCGAUCAAUUGAUUCGAAUGCGGAAGAUCAUGGACCAAUAACAAAUUAUCGACCAGUUGUUGCAUUUUUCUAUAUUACAUUUAUUAUUCUCAUUCCAUUCUUUAUGAUUAAUAUAUUUGUUGGUUUCGUCAUAGUUACAUUUCAAAAAGAAGGUGAAGCAGAAUAUAAAAAUUGUGAAUUAAAUAAAAAUCAACGUAAAUGCAUAGAAUAUGCUUUGAAAGCUAGACCACGUCGACGUUACAUUCCUAAGGGACAUUUACAAUUUAAGAUUUGGUCUGUAGUUGUAUCAAAAAAAUUUGAAAUAUUAAUUUUCAUAUUCAUAUUUAUAAACACUGUGGCACUUAUGUUAAAGUAUGAUAGACAAGGUAAAUUUGAAGCAAAAAUAUUAGAUUCAUUCAAUUAUUUUUUUACUGCUGUAUUCACAGUAGAAUUUGUUCUUCGUUUGUCAGCAUUCAGUUUUCGACAUUAUUUUAGUGAUAUAUGGAAUGUGAUUGAUUUUGUCUUGGUCCUUGGUAGUUAUAUAGAUAUUAUUGUAACACAGUCUGAUAUAAGUCAAGUGAAAUUCAGUGUAAAUUUUUUCCGACUAUUUCGUGUUAUGAGAUUAAUUAAAUUGUUAAGCAAAGAAGAAUCUAUACGUCAAUUAUUGUGGACAUUUAUCAAAUCUAUACAAGCAUUGCCAUAUGUCGCCUUAUUAAUUGCAAUGAUAUUUUUUAUUUAUGCUGUCAUUGGUAUGCAAUUAUUUGGACAAAUAUCCAUUGAAGAAAAUCCAUUAGAAGAAGAGGAAUGGCCUACUUUACAUAGAAAUAAUAAUUUUCAAAAUUUUUUCUAUGCUUUAUUAGUAUUAUUUCGAUGCGCAACUGGUGAGUCAUGGCAGGAUAUCAUGAUGGCAUGUAGAGAAGGUCAAAAAUGUUCAAAAGAUUCCGAUGAAACUGAAAUCAAUGGAUGUGGAUCAAAAUUAGCCUAUGCCUACUUUAUUAGUUUUCAUGCAAUCAGUGCAUUUUUAGUUAUCAAUCUAUUUGUCGCUGUUAUAAUGGAUAACUUCGAUUAUCUUACACGUGAUUGGUCAAUACUUGGACCUCAUCAUCUAGAUGAAUUUGUAACAAAAUGGGCUGAUUAUGAUCCAGAAGCAAAAGGAAGAGUUCGACAUCUGGAUGUUGUUACUAUGCUUGGAAAAAUAAGCCCGCCACUCGGUUUCGGGAGCAUGUGCCCACACACCAGAGCAUGUCAUAAACUGGUCAGAAUGAAUAUGCCUCUGAAUAGUGAUGGAACAGUAUUUUUCAAUGCAACAUUGUUUGCUUUAGUGCGUAGAAAUCUCAAGAUUAAAAUUCCUGGAGCUGAAAUUGGAGAAAAAGAAAAGUCAUUAGAUCAGUUAAAUGAAGAACUGCGUAUCGUGAUCAAACGUAUCUGGAAACGUACUAGUCCAAAAUUAUUAGAUCAAAUCAUACCACCGAAAGGUAGUGACGUUGUUACAGUUGGUAAAUUCUAUGCAACAUUUCUUAUUCAAAAUUGGUUUCGUGAAUGGCAAAAACGUAAAAUGAUACAAAAGGAUACACGAUAUAUUCCACAAAUAAUGGCCGGUGACCGUGCAAUGCCACAUCAACCUACAAUAAUUGGAUUUCCUCGGCGUUGUUCUUCAGACCUUACUGGUGAUGAGAUUCAACGUCGACGUGGCGCGGAUAAGCGUGAUACAUCUGGUGGAAUUUUUGGUCGAACUUUAAGUGAAUGGACUAGACGCAGAAGCAGUAAACGUCCAUCAGGUCGUCGAGACAUUAAUACCCAACAAGCCAAUGGAAUGUAUGAUAUUACAGGAAAUCAUUUAAACAAUGGGGUGGGAAUAUGGAAUGAUAUGCUUUUAAAUGCACAAGCGGGUAAAACUGCUCAUCCGGCUGUUGUCGCACUUAUGGAAAAAGAGAGAAAAGAUGCUGAAGCUAGAAAUAUGGCCAACGUUAAUCAUUUGACCGAUGUACAUAAUGAUUCUUCCAAAUUGAAUUAUGAUCCAGAAUCUGGUAAACUGAUUAAUUUGGCUGGUAAUAUGUUAGGAUUUUUAAACUCAGGAAAUUAUCGUUCAUCUGACUUAACACCAUCUAAAGAUAUGCCAACAAGUAAUACUCCGUCAGUUGAAGAUUUGAAUACGGCUCGUAAAAUAUUUGUAGCUGCUAGACGUGAAUCACUUUUGCUAAAUAAAAACGAGACCUAUUUCUAAUGGACAGUGAAUAUAUAUAUCUAUAUAUACAACAAUCGCAUAGUUAUCAAUUAUAUUUAUCACUAAGGGUAUUUGAAUUGUCAAUUAGAUAUUAUAUUUGUCACCAGUUCA